UGCGCCCGCCCAUGAAAACCCACCACCUUAUCACCAUCCCUCCCAUCCCAACGCCACCUGGAGCCAUGACCACUCCCCACUCCCUCUUCCUCCUCUUCCUCCUCCUCUUUUCCACCUCCAACGCCGCCGACCUCCGCAUCUUCCACGCGGAGCGCCACUCAUCGACGCCUCUCGAUUCAGUCCUUUCGCUCGCGCGCAACGACCUCACCCGCCUCGCCUUCCUCUCCCGGAAAGUCACCUCCGUCCCCGUCGCCUCCGGCCAGCAGGUGCUGCAGUCCUCCUCCUACGUCCUCCGCGCUAAGCUCGGCUCCCCCGGGCAGCUCCUCCUUCUCGCCCUCGACACCAGCGCCGAUGCCGCCUGGACCUCCUGCUCCCCUUGCUCCACCUGCCCCUCCUCCUCCGCCCUCUUCCUCCCUGCUAACUCCUCCACCUACUCCCCCCUCCCCUGCUCCUCCUCUUGGUGCCCCCAGUUCAAGGGCCAGUCCUGCGCCGCCGACUCCGCCCCUUCCCCAUGCACCUACUACCAGCCCUACGGCGGCGACGCUGCCUUCACCGCCACUCUCUCGCAGGACUCCCUCACCCUCGCCUCCGACGUCAUUCCCAACUACCUCUUCGGCUGCGUCACCGCCGUCAACGGCAGCUCGGCCAACCUGCCGAAGCAGGGCCUGCUAGGGUUGGGCCGAGGGCCCAUGUCUCUCUUGGCUCAGACCGGCCCGCUUUACCAGGGCGUCUUCUCCUACUGCCUCCCCAGCUUCAAGUCCUACUACUUCUCGGGCUCGCUCCGGCUCGGCCCGUUAGGCCAGCCGAAGAACAUCCGGUUCACCCCCCUGUUGAAGAACCCGCACCGGCCCUCGUUGUACUACGUGAACCUGACGGCUGUCCUGGUUGGACGGUUCGAGGUGCCGGUCCCGGUCGGCUCGUUCACGUUCGACCCGGCGACCGGCGCCGGCACCGUGGUCGACUCGGGCACGGUGAUCACCCGGUUCGUGACCCCAGUCUACGCCGCCAUCCGCGACGAGUUCCGGCGCCAGGUGAACGCCUCCGGCGGCUACACCUCGCUGGGCGCCUUCGACACCUGCUUCAGCACCGACGAGGUGGCUUCGGUGCCGGCGGUGACGCUGCGCAUGGAGGGCCUCGACCUGGUGCUGCGCGUGGAGAACACGCUGAUCCACAGCAGCGCGACGCCGCUGGCCUGCCUCGCCAUGGCCGCCGCGCCGGACAACGUCAACGCUAUGGUCAACGUCAUCGCCAGCCUCCAGCAGCAGAACCUGAGGGUGGUGGUGGACGCGGCCAACGCCCGGGUGGGCUUCGCACGGGAGGUGUGCAAUUGAAACCCCCAUCUGAUGUUGUUUUCAGUACGUUAUGUUGUUGUUUUAUGUUUUAGUAGCAGAGUUUGUGGGAAGAAGCGGUGUGUCUGCUUCUCUGUUGCAUGGGUCAAAAAAAGGUGGUGUUUGGAUGUGAA